AUGGCCGAGAAGUACGACUAUCAGAACAUUUUUCACUGGGCUGAGACUCAGAAGGAUGGUUCAAUCCCUUCGUUUGCGACGAGGAAGAAUGAUCCUUAUGAGUACCAGGCUGGAUUCGGCAACCAUUUUGAAUCUGAAGCUAUUCCCGGAACCAUCCCCCAAGGCCAGAACAGCCCUCGUGUGGUGAGAUUCGGCCUCUACGCCGAGCAACUUACAACGUCCUUUGGCGCUGCUCGACAUGCGAACAAGAACUCAUGGCUCUACCGAGCGCGUCCAGCGGUGGCACAUCAGGGAUUUACAGAUCUCCCCCAGGUCGAAGGAACUGAAAGCUGCUUUUUGCCUUUGAAUCCCAAGGUCAAGGUCUCACCAACACAGCUUGCCUGGCUCCCCUUUGACAUUGUCGAUGGUGCUGAUUUCGUGUCUGGAAUUCGCACAAUCGCCGGCUCUGGCGAUCCCACUCUUAGGGAAGGUCUGGCGACACACACCUUCACCGCAACCAAGAGUAUGGAGAACCGUGCUUUUGUCAACUCUGAUGGAGACUUCUUGAUCGUCCCUCAACAAGGUGCAUUGGACAUUCAGACCGAAUUUGGCCCUCUGUAUGUUCAGCCCGGUGAGAUCUGCGUCAUCCAACGCGGACAACGGUUCAAGGUCUCGGUCGAGGGUCCGACCAGGGGCUACAUGCUCGAGAUCUGGGGCUCAAACUUUGAGCUUCCUGAACUCGGACCUCUUGGAUCCAACGGCAUGGCCAACGCUCGAGACUUUCUGCAUCCCAAAGCCAAGUACAACGUGACCCAGAAUGACCCUUGGGAGAUCGUUUACAAGCUCGGCGGACAGUUCUUCAAGAGCACACAGAAUCACUGUCCCUUUGAUGUCAUUGCUUGGCAUGGAAACUACGUGCCGUACAAGUAUGACUUGACAAAGUUCAUCAACGUUGGAUCCAUCUCUGUCGACCAUAUUGAUCCUUCCAUCUUUUGCGUUCUGACAGCCAAGUCACGGGAUCCUCAAGCGCCUCUCCUCGAUUUCCUGAUCUUCAGCCCCCGAUGGGACGUCGCCUCGCAUACCUACAGACCCCCUUACUACCAUCGAAACGCAGCUUCAGAGCUGAUGGGUCUUAUUUAUGGCGAGUAUGCGGGACGUUCUGAUGAGUUCCAACCUGGUGGUGUGUCCCUCGAGACGGGCUUUGUGCCUCACGGUGUGGCCUACGAGGAAUUCAAGGCUGCCUCAGCCCAACCGCCACCAGAGAUGCAGAUCUCCAAGGGCGCCAUCGCCUUCAUGUUUGAGAGCUGCCGGCAGUUUACAAUCACUGAUUGGGCUUGGAACAGCGACAAGAAGCAUGAGCAUGAGCCCAAGAUGUGGGACAACUUGGUCGACAACUUUUCGUCACACAAGGAAGAGAUUGAUCGGAUACUGGGCAGUAAAUAG